AUGUAUGAUAUGCCAAAUUUUAUUGUGAAAAUUAACAAUGGGAAGGUAAGGACAACUGCUCAUAAGUACAAGCUUAGCUUCUAUACAAAGACAGACGUGGAAGUCCUUCCAAUUGAGACUUUCGCUUUUAACCCAUUCAAAAUGUGCCCAUUUGCUGAACUUGAGGCAAAUGCUCUAAUGGAUAAAAAUUUGUUGUUUGAUUACAUAGGAAAGGUUGUUGGAAAGAAAGAAGCUAUGGGGAUGAUUACACGCACGAGUGAAGAAAGCAAGCGUAUUGCACUACAAUUGAAAGACCUAGAGCAUAUGCUGGAUAUUAAGUGUCCAAAAAUACUGUUAGAGUUGUAUUAUGCCUUUCAUUCCAAGAAACACAAGAUUAAAUGUACAUUGUUUGGGAAAUCGGUGGACCAAGUGCUUCCACACUUCGAACGAGAUGAUGGGGAGCCUUUCAUAAUGUUUGUUCAGCUUUUUAAGUCGAAUGUAUACUUAAAUUCUAUGAAUGUUCAAAGCACUUACUAUGUCUCCAAAUGUUACUUCAAUCCAAACCUUCCCGAAGUUAUUGACUUCAAGAAAAGAUUUGCAAAGGAGGAAACCUCCUACUGGAUUGUGGAAAAUAUUGUGUCUUUAAAGGUUGGUAAAGAUGACUGGUCCUAUACGCCAUGUAAGACAUGUCCAGAGAAAGUUCUAGAGAGCAAAAAUAGGUAUUGGUGUGAUCAUUGUAGACGUGUAGGCUUUAAGGCUACACUAAGGUAUAAGCUACAAGUAAUCGUGACUAAUGAAAAUGGUUGUAUGAAGCUCUUUCUGUGGAACAAAGAAACAGAGCAUAUGGUGGGAAAGACUGCUGAGAUAAUUAAAGAGUUAUUCCUUAACAUCACCUACAAGAAUAUUAAUGUCGUGGAAGGGGUAUACAGCGUUUUAAAGAUUUCAGAUGAUGAAUGCCUCAUGUCCAGUUUUGGUUCUGCCAAUUCUUCUUUUGAUGCUUCUUGUUCUCAACAUGUACCUAAUACCUCUACAACUGAAAUAGGUGAUAAUAGCAAUGGACAUGGGGCUGUUUCUCUAUCCAAGGAUUUAGCAGUUGAGGGCAAUGGUGAGAGAUCCUCUGAGACUCCAGCCAAGAGGUCCUCCCCUAAUACAGGUGAUGGCUCUACGGCAGAAGCAAGUGUGUCUGCAGAUGUGCAAGCAUCAAUUAACAAGAAUUUUAAGAGGAAUUGUGGAAAAAAAAUCUCGAUUGAAAACUUUUGA